AUGCAUUCAAGUCUUCUUUGGUUAGGCGCAGUCGUCGCUCUCCUUGCGGUCAAUAAUGUCACGGCUGUAUCGACCGAAGCUAAUGGGCAGGUUGCCCUAUCUACGAGCAAAGGCCAACUAGCUGGCGAGCGUGCUGAGGAGGAAAACAGCAUCGUCAGGUCCCUCCGCGCAGUCGAGACAAGUGAAGACGAAGAAGAGAGGGAUUUGCUUGGGCUUUUUGCCAAGAGCAAGCUGAAGAAGAUGAUGAAAAGCGAAAGCUUCAAGCUGAAGAGGUUUGGAGAAUGGGACGAUUUCACAGUGGGUUAUAUUCGUGAAAAGCUCAAAAACAAGUAUCCGGACCUCCUUUUGAACUACCUAAAUGUCUACAAGAAGGCAGGCAAUGAGAUCGUUAGACACGCUAACAAUCCCAACAAGGUGACUUUCUCGAACAAAGUCCGAGCUCGUAUCUACAAAACCAACUCGUAG